UUUCAAACUUUAUUUGGAACAAAGAAUUUCCUAAACCAAUCCGAAAAUAGAAAUGCCAAACAUUUUCUAUAUAAAAUCUGAACAUAAACCCGACAAUCCAGUAAGCUGCCCUAACUUUCCUCUUCUGUUCCAGGAAGCAGAGUCAUUCAAAAAACACGAUCGUAGCUUGCAGGAUUUCAAUAAUGGAAGAAUCUGAGCAAUACCCAAAGGACUAUCACACCGGCAACCUCAGGAGACUGCCUUCAUCUUCUUCAUCGACGACAAGCGUUCACGUCAUCGCCUUGGAUGGUCUCGUCAACGUGAAUUCUCUCUUCACCAUCGCCGUCUUCGUGGGCCUUUCUUUGACCACUCCGGACCAGCACAGUCUCGAGAAUCGAGCUCCCUGCGACGCCGGCAUUGGCGUGGCGAAAAAGCUCUUGGUAUUCGAGGUCGUCUCCUUCAGCUUCUUCCUUUUCUCCUCCCUGGUGGCGCAGGGCUUGAAGCUCGCCAUCAAUUUGUUGAACAGCAAAGACGUGGAUGAAGCUUUCAGGGCCCACAUUAACCUCAAGGUUCUGAGGUUCGGGAUGAUGGGGUCCGCCGUGGGAUCCGUCAUGGGGUGCUUGUUUUUGAUGCUGUCGAUGGUGAACGUGAUCGAGAUACGGCUGGGGAUGUUGUCUUGCGGCAGUAAGUCCGCCAUCCAUGCGGUGGGGGCUUUGGUCAUCCUGGUUUCUUCCGCUCUCUUGGUUUACAUUUCCACUGCGGUUUAUGCUUUCUUGCAUUGAAUUCUAACCAACUUCAGCUUUGGUAAACAAAUAUUGUAAAUCAAAAUCGUGGGUUGCUUAUGUUUUGUCGGCCUAAAUUGAGAUUUCUAAGUACCCAAUAUACAUUUAAUUUCAAUGAUGAUAGUUUGUUGUUGCUUCCU